AUGCGCGUUUCAAGCCCUAUUCUCGGAGGAUGGCUCAAGCGUCGAGUUAUUGUUACUGGGGGCGCCUCUGGUUUCGGUGAGGCUACUGUGCGAUGGAUGGCUAGUAGAGGAGCCAGCGUCGUUAUUGCGGACAUUAACGAGGAGAGAGGCAAGAGUCUCGCAAACGCCUUUGGGAAAGAGAAACUCAAGGGUUCCGUGACAUUUAUUAAGACCGAUGUGACAAAGUCCUCCUCGUGGACUUCUCUUGUGAAGGGUACCCUUGAUCAGUUUGGUGGUCUAGACGUUCUCGUUAACAAUGCAGGUGGAAGCUAUGUGAACAAGGCUACACUCGAAGCCACGGAAGCAGACUUUAACAAAUGCAUUGACUUGAACGUGCGCUCCAUGUUCCACUGCGUUUCGGCCGUCGUGCCGCACUUCCUCUCCGAAGAACAAGGCGUCAUUGUGAAUGUCUCGAGUACUGCUGCUAUCCGGCCUCGUGGAGGGCUGACAUGGUACAACGCUUCAAAAGCCGCGGUCAACAUCGCCACGAAGAGUCUAGCAGUCGAAUACGCUAAGCAAGGGAUUCGUGUGAACGCCGUCUGCCCCGUUGCAGGUCAUACACCUCUUCUCGCGACCUUCCUCGGCAAGAACUCAGAGGCUUCGUUCGCGGCAACAGUGCCGAUGGGACGUCUCAAUGAGCCGGAAGAUGUAGCGUCUGCAAUUGGAUGGUUGGCCUCUGAUGAAGCCAAGUUCGUAACGGGCGUAUGCCUUGAAGUGGACGGUGGACGCUGCGUCUGA